AUGUUGAAGGGAUUACGCUAUGAUGGAAGAGGUCAAUCGACGAUGAUGAAGAAAGGUGUAGACCAAGUUGCGAUUGCGCCACCGAGAAUGUGGAUCAACUCUAAUUUCACGAUUGACGAGAUGUCAACAAUGUCGACAAAAGACGCACUAUGGGAUCCAAUCAAGAAGCGUUCUGUUGCCUUAAUGUUUUGGCUGCGUGAAGAUGAUGAGGCGCUAGUGUUUUCGCUUGCAGAUGAUAUCAUGAAUGGGGCCGCCAUUGUGGUCAUUCACGUUCUACAACACUUGGCUGCCGGCGUUAGUGCGGAUGUCGUAAAAGAUCUCCGAACUUAUGGACAUCUCUACAUGAAGUUGGAUGCGCGGUGCACAAAAGAUGUGUUUUUGACGACAUGCAUUCAUCCCAGCACUGGUUAUUUGAACUCAAAACUUAUCGUUGACGCUUCGGAGUUCGAAAAGGAGAAUCAUCACCUAAUCGAGACAGGGUACUUAUAUGUGGUUUUGACCUUUGAGUCUAAGGUUGGGAAAGGUAUCUCUGUUGCGUGGCGAAACCCUCGUACCAAUCAAAUCAUGUGGGAUGCAACAAAUCGAUUGGAUCCACAACUCCUACAUUCGAUGCAGAUUGCCGAAUUUUAG